CUCCUGGAAAAAAGAUGCUUAUUUAAUUGGCUGGACUGUGUGUGGGUCGGUGCUAUGCCGAUUAAGCUGGUCCGCGGGAGAUGACAUCUCAGCAAUUAACAUUAACUAUUAUGUGACUGACAAAUAGUCGCCGUGAAGCAGCUUCAAUUUAUUUCUCCUUUUCUUUUUCUCUGCUUUCUUUUUCUUCUUCGACAUUUUAAAUUUAAGUUCGUGUGACGGUCUAAGAACAAAUAAGCUCCGGCGAACAAGAAAGGAGUAAUGGCGGUAGCAUCAACAACAGCAGCGACAGACAGCACCUCCACCAUUGACAUCGUCAACCUCAACAACCUCCUCUCCCGCCUGGAACAAAACAUCUUCUCAUCCUCCUCUGACCUGCGAAUCCUUCGACAGUCGCAUCUGCAUCGUGCUCGCGUGGGCGCUAAUGUCGACUACGCUCACACGCUCUUUACAAGACUUGAGCGCGGACUACCAUCUAUCAAAUCUGCCGAAACGCGACAUGCGCGGACAGCAGAUUUAGCGAAGAAAAGGGCGCGCUUGGCGAGGUUGCGGGAGAGGUUUGAUGGGCUUAAAGACGAUGACACCUCUUUCUAUACGGGGGGAGACGAGGAUGGGGAUGGGUUGGAAGAAGAAGAGGGGGAAGGGGAGGAUUUACUCGCUGGCAUCGUCGAGCCGGUGGAAUCGGUGGUGAAGAAGCAAGAAGAGGAUGAGCAGAGGAGAGACAAGGCAGCAGAAAGUUUGGAUAAGGGGGCUGGAAAGGCAGAAGCAGCGGUGCUGAGACAGCGGCGUCAGGAUUCUACCGCGGUUUCGGCACCGGUGGCCACGGCUGCAACGACAGGUUUCAAACCCACGCCAAUAUCAAGUACCACGAAACCAGACAUGGCUACGGCUACGGCUGAAUCGAAUCUCUCGAGCCAUCGCGCCGAACAAGAGUCUCUAACUGACAGUCUGGUCAAUCUGGCGUCUCAAUUGAAAGCUUCGUCACAGGCGUUCCAGACCUCGCUCGAGAAUGAGAAGUCGGUGCUGGAUAGAGCCGUGGAAGGACUGGAUCGCAAUGUCUCUGGAUUAGAGGCUGCAGGGAAGCGGAUGGGGGUGCUGAGACGGAUGAGCGAGGGACGAGGAUGGUUGGGGCGGAUGCUCAUGUAUGCGUGGAUCUUUGGGCUGUGGCUGGUGGCUAUUGCGAUUGUCUACUUGGGGCCGAAGUUGAGGUUUUGAAAAUACAUGUUCUACUAUACGGAAUCUGUUACCAAUGUAUAUUGUUAUACGGAUUGAUGAGUGAAUG